ACAAACAUUGCUUUGCACUUAGUUUGCAAUUUCGUAACACACACUUUGUAUAUGUGUAAAUACAAUUCACUGCACAGGACUCCUUUUGCAAAACUGUAAACACAGCUCCACUGCUUUACACUCAAUUUCCAGAUGAUCUACACACUCCUAUCAAAACUAUACAUAUUUAUGGCUAUUUUUUACACAAUUCUGCCAACUGUCAGGCCACACUUUCACAUGUGAAAACUAUUAUUUAUAAUUACUUCACUUUGCAAUCAGCCUGAGCACUAUAAAUAAGCCACAGGUAAGCUUUUUGUGUGGAGAACAAUGGAAGGAGACAGAAGAGUAAGAGGAGUGAGAGUAAGAGGAGGGCGAGGAAGAGGACUUGGAGGUGAAGAAGCAGGAGGACGAGGACGUGGACAAGGAAAUGAAUUCGGAGGAAGAGGAGGAGGAGGUGCAGAAGCAAGAGGGAGAGGAGGACAGCGAAGACAAGGAGGAGCACUUAGAGGAAGAGGACAACGAGGUGCACUUAGAGGAAGAGGACGAGGAGGUGCAGAAGCACAAGGAGAACGAGGAAGGGAAGAGGAACGGGAAGGAGUACGAGUAAGAAAUAGAAUCACUGAUGUCAUCAGAGCUACAAUAGUGGACCAUGUAAUCAACCAUGGCAUGAGCCUAAGGGAAGCUGGCCAACGGGUUCAACCCAACCUGAGCCGCUACACUGUAGCAGGCAUCAUAAGAACAUUUCGAAAUGAGAAUCGAAUUGUUAGACAACCUGUUGCUGGGGGCAGAAGAAGACUAUUCACGGCUGAACAAGAGACCCACAUAGUGAAUAUGGUGCUGGCAAACAACUCCAUAAGGCUACGAGAAAUACAGCAGCACAUAAUAGAGGAUGACACAACAUUCGAACACAUAAAUAAUGUGAGCAUCUCUGCAUUAUCUCGCAUACUGGCACGAAACCGAAUAAGGAUGAAGCAGGUCUAUAGGGUCCCAUUUCAAAGAAACAGUGAACGUGUGAAACAACUGCGAUAUGAAUUUGUGCAGGUAAGCUUACUGUAUCAUUGGUACUCAAUCUGGAAGUGCAUACUGUGUGCUGUGCAUGGGCCUGCUGUGCUGCAUUUGUUUUGUCUUUUCCAGAGAGUGAUGGCCCUAGAGGCAGAUGCCAUGGGUCAUGAGCUGGUCUUUGUGGAUGAGGCAGGCUUUAACCUCAGCAAAACCAGAAGACGGGGAAGGAACAUUAUUGGACACCGUGCCAUAAUCAAUGUCCCAGGACAGCGCGGUGGAAACAUUACCAUGUGUGCAGCCAUCAGUCAAAACGGUGUUGUUCACCAUCAUGCAACUCUGGGCCCAUACAACACUGCACACAUUCUUACAUUCCUGGACACCCUGCAUGACAUAUUCACUCUCGUUCAGAGACCAGAGCCGACCAGAUAUGUCAUCAUAUGGGACAAUGUUAGUUUCCACCGCGCUGUUCUGGUCCGCAACUGGUUUACCGAUCACCCGGAAUUCAUUGUGGUCUACCUCCCCCCUUACUCUCCAUUCCUAAAUCCCAUUGAAGAGUUUUUCUCUGCUUGGCGCUGGAAGGUUUAUGACCGUCACCCCCAUCAGCGCAUAGCCCUUCUACAGGCAAUGGAGGAGGCAUGCGGAGACAUUGACCAGGUGUCAUGUCAGGCCUGGAUACGACACUCCAGGAGAUAUUUUCCCCGGUGCCUAGCAAUGGAAGACAUUGCAUGUGAUGUGGACGAGAUUUUGUGGCCAGACCCAGUAAGAAGACAAGACUGAUUUUUGUCAUUUUAUGUUUUUUUUUUUUUGUGCCUUGACCUGAAAAACACACUUUAUGUUUACGUAUUUGGAUGUGUGUAAAUAAAUAUCCAUUCACUUUGACCCCUGUGUGUUACUGUAAAAGGUACUGAAAACCGAUAUGCCCUGCACACAGGAUAAGCAAAAGCCAAAUGAGUUUUUCAUUGUUACUGUCAGUGUGCAGUGGCUGCUUUGUGUGCUUACUGAUAUUAUGAGUUGUGUGCACCGUCGGAUACAAAAAUAACUAUUUUUAAAAGAGUGAACAGUUUAGCAAAAAGUGCUUAUGCAACAGUACAAAAACAUGCUUUUGCAAGUGAUCUACUGUGUUUUGCUAUUUGGGUGAAAGGUUUUGCGAUUUGUGUGUAGAGUUUUGCAAAAAAAGCCAAAAGUUUCAAAAAUUGCGUCUUAGCUAUCAGAAAAAACUGUAAACACAUC